GACAACAGAGAGUAAAAACCGAUUUCGAGGUGAUUCUAUUAUUCCGUAUCGUCGAUACAGUUGAGGUUCAAACAAUAACGCAGUGACAACGCGACAAAGCGGGUGGAAAAAACGCACGGUGUAUCGAAGAAAACGGUUAUAAGCGUUAUCGAUUAGCGCGAGCCACUUUAAUCGCGAAAUGAACAAAAAUGCACACUUGUAAGGAAACGCUAAUUGGAACGUUGCAAGUGAAUGAGCAAUGUGAAGUGGCCUUAAAUCUAACAUGACGAUUAUUGUUAUGAUUAUGUUUGUCAUCAGAUGUUUAUAUGAUUAAUUGGAGGAUAAUUGUACGAGAUUUUCGUUGUGAAACAAAGAAGAUUAAUGUAGGUUGUUGAUUAAGUGUAUAUGUAUAUAUACUUUAUGUAAGUCUUGUUGAAGUAUCAGGGGGAAUUUGUUGAAAGAAAGAAAUCAGGAUGGGAUCGGAACAAAGUUCUCAGGGAGGUACACAAAGUGCUAGCACAAAUAGGGCAAGAAACACACCACUGAGACGUGGUAAAAGUGUACCUAAUCGUGAAAGAGUACCAGAAGACACACCGCCAAGAUGUAUCAGUCCUGGUGCCAGCAUUUGUUCGGAUUCUGAUCUACCUUAUAUAUCUUACACUGUGAAUAGACCUAUUGGAGAUUCACCAAAGAUGACGAAUAAACAGUCACAGUUGUAUAGAGGAAAAAGUUUGGGUACACAAGAUAUAUCUAGACGUAAGAAUAGCUUAGGUUCCAGUAGCUACAGGAAAACUACCUCUGAUAAAAUUCACAACAUAGUAGUAGUGAAAUCUGCUGCAGCAGACCCCACAGCUGACAAAGAUCCUGACCUUGUUAAAUUACAAAGAAUUCCCAUGUUCCUACCUAUCAUGCGUGGCACUCUCAAUUUACCCCCAGGUGUGAGGGAUCCAGAAGUCCUGGAAAGGCUAAAUCCCAUUGGUCUGUUCAAUCUCUGUGCCCGCUAUCAGCACCAUCUUAAUACUAAUGCACAAAUGAUCGCCAGUGAACAAGCUAAUCUACAUAUUAACAUUGAGCCAGAAGUUACCAGGAUCCUGAAUUUGGUAACAGAAAGGAGAAAGAAGUUUGCCACGUUUGCUGAACAAUUGAACAAAGUACACGAGCUUAGCAAACAACUAACUAAAUGUCACACUCUUCUUAAUCAAACUUUGGAGAGUCUUGAAACUUUGAACAAUCUUUUACCUAUAGAAGAGAGGUUGGAACCAUUUGUAUGGACUACUGGAUAA